AUGCUGGAUGAAGUGGUAAAAGGGGUCCCUGAAAAAGAUGACGGGGACUUGAAUCACCCACAACCCCCACAGAAACAACAAGACCAAGGUGAUGGUAACAUUUACGAGGAUAAUUCAAAUGAUGAAGAUGAGAAGGACUUUGUGUCCAGCAAAUCAACUAUAAGCAGCGAGAGUCUCUAUAGCGUCAACAAGAAUGAAUUGGACAUCCCCACGCUUAGUGAUCAGCGCCAGCAGUUCUUCGAGGCACAAAGAGAAGUGGGUGUCAACGGGAUUGUCUUUAUGCUCCCUAAUGAAUGGUUGACGUCUUUUUUGAAAGAUGCCUCUUUAGAAUCAUUACCAACUACAGAAUUGAUCCAGCAGCUUGGCCAGAUCGAUACAUCGUUAAUCUUGGCAGACGCUAAAAAUCCAAAUUUACUCAAACACAACUUCAACUAUGAUCACAGUAAUCAAUGCUACACUCCAGUGUCCAAGAAUUCAUGGAUUCUAUUAGUACGCUGGUAUGGUUUAAAGCCGGGUUGUGUACCAGUCACAAGAAUGGUUCUUACUAAUAAAGAAACUGGUGAGCCAAUGAUUGAAUAUUAUAUCCCAAGUUUCAACUUGAGAAAGUUGACCGUGGGCCCGCUUUCAAAACUUAAUUCCUAUUCCAAAAAUUACAGAAUCCUUCAUGAAAAUCAAAAUAUUUAUUUUUCUGGCUCGAAAACAGUUAGUGAACUUUACAUUUAUAUUUUGGAGUUCAUCAAAGAAAAUAUUGAAAUUGAUAAUGCAAACGUCCAACUACGACUUUGGUUUUUACAGGAUGAAAACAUUGAGAGUGCCCCCCUUUUUUUAAAUCUCACAUAUUUCAAAAAAAUUGCAAGCAAAACACUAUUAACCCCGAACUCAUUUGAUAGCCGCUUAGAUGAUUUGAAUAUCGCUGGUGGGAACAUGUUGAUCGAACUCAAUGAUUAUGCAGGAAACUUCCCGACGGAAACUCUCAUUAGAAAGUUGGAAUUCCUAGAAAACGAUAAUGGACCUCAUCAAGAAAGCGAAGAUAAUGAUAGUGACUCGCCGGACUCAAGGAACAAGAGUAUCUCGUUAGUCAAGGAUCCCGCCGAUGGCAGAAAAGGUCUCAAUAACCUUGGUAAUACUUGUUACAUGAAUUCUGCUAUCCAGUGUUUAGUUCACGUUCCUGAAUUGGCAAAUUACUUUUUUCACAAUAUUCAUGAGCGUGAAUUGAACACCAGCAAUCCGCUUGGUAGUGGUGGGAAAAUCGCCAAUAGUUUUGGUAACUUGAUUCAUCAAUUGUAUGACUACAAGACAAAGAACAGUAAUAAUUUAAGGUCAGCAGUUGCUCCCAGAGAAUUUAAGGCUAUUGUGGGACAUUUCAACAAUAUGUUUGCUGGAUAUCAACAACAAGACUCUCAAGAAUUCAUCGCGUUCUUGUUGGAUGGGCUACAUGAGGAUCUAAACCGAAUUUUAAAUAAACCAUACACCGAGAAACCAGAGAUCUCACCAGAUUUGAUUCAUGAUAAGCAUGAAGUCAGAAAAUUAGCAGAGAAUUGUUGGAAAAAUCACAAAUUGAGAAAUGAUUCUGUCAUUUUGGAUUUAUUCGUUGGUUUAUAUCAAUCAACUUUGAAGUGUCCUGAAUGUAACCACAUUUCAUUAACCUUUGACCCUUAUAAUGAUUUGACUUUGCCAAUUCCAAUCACUACCAAGUGGUACCAUAAUAUUUAUAUUCUUCCAGAUAAUGAAAACUCAAAACUUUUGUCUCUUGAAGUUGAAUUGAAUAAAACAGCAACAUACGAUGAUUUGAAGGCAUUCGUUGCUAAAAAAUUGAAAAUGAAUUUUCAGGACUUGUUUGGCUUUGAAAUUUUUCAAAAUCAAUUCUAUCAAAACUUGGAAGAUGAUGACAACAACUCAAAGUUUUUACCAAUUGGUGACUUAAUUUCUGAGCAAGAUGUCAUUGUAUUAUAUGAACUUAAAGAUAUAACCAAGUCUGAUACAAUUGUUUCUGUCAUAAAUUCUGUCAAGCAGGAGGGUUUCACAGGGUCAAAGUCAUUUGGAAUUCCUUUCUUAAUAAAGCUUACCCAGAAUGAGGCUAAAUCCUUUGGGUCAAUCAGAGAAAAAAUUGAAGCAAAGUAUAGCAGUUUAUCAACGUACGAAUAUUUUAGACUCAUUCGCAAAAAUAAUAAUGAUGAACAAACAUCAAAGAAAAGAAAAUAUUUCAAAACUGAGGAUUUCCCUCAAAUUGACAAGCUCCUUGCCAAGAAUGGAGUCAACCUCAAGGACAGGGAGAAUUUCAAGCAAAAGAAGUUCAAAAAACCAAAUCCAAGCAAAACUUUUGGAUCAAGCUCUAAGAUUAUGGAAUUCAAAACAUCUAUAACAGAGACUGAACCGACUUCAUUAUUGGUUGUUGAUACCAUAGACCAUAUAGGAUCAGAGGCCUCGGAUGCUAACUCUGAAUUGAUAGAUAAAUCUCAAAAAUCUACCGACUCUCAAAUUUCGGAGGAUGAUGAUUCAGAUUAUGAUUCAGACAUUUCAAUUGCUAAUCCGGAGUUUUCGAGCAAUUAUGCGUUUGAAAUCAAAUUAUACAAUAACAAAAGCUCUGGAUAUUCGCGGAAGUACCGCUAUGGAAAGUUUGAUAAUCAAAGAUUUGAGGCUAACAAUGAUGAUAAUGAUACAAUCAAAAUCAAAGUUCCAUAUACUAGUGGCCAACUCAAUAAUUCGACUAAUUUGAUUGAUAAAUUACCAAUGGCCAAGAGAUUAUUUUAUUCGUAUUGCGUGGAUGAUUAUAAUGGAUUGUCAUCAGAUGAUACUAAUAUCAAGGAUUCUAGUGAAGAGAAAAUUCCAGAACUAUCUGAAACAAGCUCAUCAAUUGAUGUGCCUAUUGCCGUUGUUGAUCAAAACUCACAAGAAGAGACUGAUGGUAUGGAAGUUGAGCCAGCUGGUGAGAAUGCCGCCCCAGAAAUGAGCUCUACUUAUGAUAAUGCUGCUGAGCUUUCUGAAUCUGACAGUAAUAACCUAAAGUAUGGUCCAAUUAAUUUAAAUAAUGAUGAUGAUGAUGAUGAUGAUAAUGAUGAUGGUAGCAGUGAUGGUCAAAUGGGAACUCUCCUUUCGGAUAAAGGAAACUCACUGGACAGUGAUAUGAAUUUCGACCUGGUUAAUCAGAAACAAAAGAAUUGUCCAGCAGACAAUCAUCUGGUUUUGGUUUCUCCUAAUGACUGUCUUAUUUGUGAAUGGGACCCAAACUUGUUUCAGGUAUUUUUCUCAGGGGAUGAAGAAGAAGGCGAAGGGGGUAAAAGUACUUGGGAUAAUCCAGUAGUAGUUCCAAAUCCAGAACUUGAAGAGAGCAGAAGAAAAUUACAGGAACUCAAGAGCAAAAACUUGAACUUGAAAGAUUGUUUGGAGACAUUUGCUAAACCAGAAAUCUUGGGGCAAAAUGAUCUUUGGUAUUGUCCUAGCUGUAAAGAGCAUCGUCAGGCAGAAAAGAAGAUUGAACUUUGGUCGACCCCGGAUAUUUUGACAAUUCAUUUGAAACGAUUUGAAAAUCAACGAAGAUUUAGUGAUAAAAUUGAUUGCACUAUCGACUUUCCGAUUGAAAAUCUUAAUAUGUUUGAGUUCGUUUCUGAUAAGCGUGAGGAUAAAUGCUAUAUCUACGAUUUAUUUGCGGUUGAUAAUCAUUUUGGUGGAUUAGGCGGAGGUCAUUACACUGCUUACGCCAAGAAUUUCGUUGACAAUAAAUGGUAUUAUUACGAUGACUCGUCGGUUUCUCCGGCUGAUCCUCAAAAAUCAAUUUCUGGCGCAGCUUAUUUGUUGUUCUAUAGAAGACGGUCUCUUGAUGUUUUAGGGGGCAAACUUUUCAAACGCCUUCUAGAAGAAGCCCGGAGACAGGAGGAAAUCAAUUUGGAGAAACAACGACAAGAAGAAAUCAAGAAUAUCCAAGAAAUUGUCAAGCAAGUGAAAUAUUUUGAUGAUUAUUACAAGCAGGAAGAUCAAAAUGAUGAUAAUGAUGAUGACGAUGAUGAAAAAAUUAAAGAUCCUGAAUCGGAAUCCCCGGUAACUCAGUAUACUCCAGGAUCAGACAAUAUUGUUUCUGAUGACGAAAUUGAUUUUGCGCCGGUAAAUUCUCCUCCACCAGCUAACGAUGAUUAG